GAAAAAUUGAAUACUAGUAUAUUUGGCCUUUUUUUCUCAUUCGUCCAGCCGUCCGUCCAUCGGCUUCUGGUUCUGGGACGGAUUGAAAAACAAACAAAUUUUGAAAAAUCUUUUUUUUUUUUUGCCGGACAUUUACACACUAACACACAAUACAACAGUCUAUAUACACGGUUCCUAUAUUUGUAAUUUUAUUUGAAGUGGAAGAAGAAACUGGAAAGGGCGAAUUACAAGUGGGAGAGGAUUAAAUUAUAAUUGCCGGCGGCGGGCGGGACGGGGCGGAGCGGAGCCGAGGCGGCUUAGCGAUGAUAACGCGAUCGAAUCUAGCGGAGCAGCUGAGAGAAUACCAGAUUCGGUCCAAGCACGAUUGGGCUUCCGUCUCUUUCUUCUCCUCCACCUCUAAUCUCUCUUCUUCCCGGGUGGAUGUUGUAGUCUUUGUAAUUUGGGAGCUUGUGAUCUUAGCAUUUCUGGUUUUCUCAGCUGUUUCGUUAUACUUCAGACAACUGAGGCUUGCUUUUAUUUUAUUAUGUGUUACGUUACUAUUGCUUCUGUGCAUGAAGAUUACCAAACAAGUAAGACAGGCUAGGAGAAAGAAGCGAAGGAUGCUUCUUCCGCUGUCAAUGUAACAGUUCUUACAAGUGGUCAACAUUGACUCUGUAAAUUGUGAGAAUCUUUAACCUUUGUAUUUCUCAUUCUUUUACCAUCAGUUAUUUUGGUCCAUGUAACUGAAUUUGAGGUAGCUGAUUAAGAGUAUAAAUUCCUGUUGUUAUUUAACCAUGA